UAUGUCUACUAAACGACUACAAAGUAAUUUACAAAUCCCUGCAUCCGUAUUUGUUCAGGAUAAUGAUCAAGAUAGGAGAAAUAAAAAUACUCUUGAUGAAGAUAUUAUACAAAUCCCUGGCGAUAUUACAUCUUACAAUCGUACAUCAAUUGAUAAAGAAUUCGUUCAGAGAUUUCAUGAAAAUAGAAACUUAUAUAAGCCAUGUUUAGUAUCUUUAAAUUAUCCACCAGCAAAUCCUAUAUCGGAGGAGUAUGAACUUAAAAAUGUUGAAUUCAAACAACUAAAUCACACGUGUUCUAUGAUGGCUUCGAAUAAUAUGACUUUUUUAAUUAAUGCUUCUUUCGCUGAUCUUGUACGUAAAUUAAUACCACCAAUCUAUUCAGAUCUGGCGAUAGUACGUUCCAUAUUUGUGUUUUGCUGUUCUAUUGACCUAAACUCUUUAAUGGAAGAGAUUUUACCUAUACCAAUUGAGGAUUCUCCUCUAGAGUGCCUAUGGAAUGUCUAUGGAAAAAGAGCUAGCAUGGCGGGAUUUUUUUCAAGAUUAUGCAGACAUACUCCUGUUCCCGUUAAGAUAAUAACGGGAAUAGCUAAAAAUCGCAAUUGUUGCUUUGCUUUAAAUGAUAUAAAUGUUAAAACAGCAUCUUGCCAAUGGAAUGCUGUUUUUGUUAAUGAAGCUUGGAGACUAUUAGACGUAGUAUGGGCUUCUAGGAAGAAGGAUAUGGAAAAGGAAGAUAAUUGGAAAUUAAUUCAAAUGAAUGGAGAAUCUGUAACGGACGAAGACUUCGACUUUAUGACAGAAACUUCUAUCCAAAAUAAGGAUUUUUUCAUGAAAAAGCAUAUUAAUGAAUUCUUCUUUUUAACUUCUCCGAAAGAGUUCUUAGCAACUCAUUAUCCUUGUUUAAGGUGUUGGCAAUUAGUUACUCCCACAAUAUCAAUAAAGCAAUUUCAAGCAAGACCAUAUAUUAGAGAGAGAUUCUUCGAUAUGAAGUUGGCUUGUAAAUCUUCCGACAAUCGUAUUCUUAAAACAGAUGAAGGAGAGCUAACUCUGACGUUCGAUCUACCUUUUGAAUCAAAUAGGAGUAGCUCAAUAACUUAUGAUUUUGUCUGGUUAUUAUAUGAUUUGGAAAAGCACUACGUUCUGGAAGACACUGCCCUAAUCUUCCAUAAAAAAACAAAAAAACAGCUUAUCUAUCACAUGAUGUUCACCAGGCGAGGUUUCUAUAGAUGGGAUCUUUUUGGAAUGGAAAAGAACAAGCACUCCAACAUGGAAUUAUUGAUUUCUUAUUUUAUAGAUAAUAAACAUUCGGAUCAGAGAACUGAUCCUUUGAGUGAAAAUCCAAAAAUUGGCUGGGGUAGAGGAGUCUACGCUGAUAUAGGAGGCAUUCAGUUUGCAGCUCACGAUAGUGCCGUGAUAGCUAUGGAGUCUGGAUACCUACAAACAAAUUUUGGUAUCAAAUCUCAAGUGCUGAAAGAUAAUUUCACUGCUAAAGUGCUUUUAAAAAAUAAUUCAAUAGUAACAAGAGACUUAACAAACUACACAUAUUGCUGCUUCGUUAAAGAAAAUUUGCAACUGAACGUUCGAUUACCUUGUGCUGGAGAAUAUAUAAUGGAAUUAUAUACUGGAAAAGCCAAUUGCCAGGAGACACUACUUAAUUGCUGUAAUUAUGUUCUACAAUGCGAUAAUAUUUCAGUAUCUGGCCUUCCAUUUCCUAGCUUAUAUGAAAGUGUUCUUGGUGCUAGACAUCGUAAUUGUACAUUUGGAAUUAAACCAUCAGAAAUUAGGGGAAUAUUAAGAUCUGAAGAGAAUUUUUUCUCAUUAAAAUUUAAGCAUACGCCCGAUGUUAUUAUAUCAUUAGAAUUAACUUCAAAUGAAGCCAGUAAUUUGCCUUUAAAAAUGAUUACAGAUCAAUUAACUCAAGUACGACUAGAAGAUAAAAUGACCGUUUUUCAAAUUCGAACCUUUUCCGACAAAGAAUUUGGAGCUAAUUUCUACGCUUAUAAACAAGGCAGAGAAAAUCGUUGCCUAAGACAUAUUGUGUCCUAUCUAUUACUUCCGUUUUCGAUUGUCAGUGGAAAUGAAAAUACUCAAAAUGUUCAAUUCGAAAUUCCACCAAGAAUACCAUACAAACAUAUUGAUGUUGAUAGUGAUCUUGUAAUAAUACCGCUAUCGAAACAGUAUUUGGAGCAAAUGAAUACUAAUUGUACCGAAUCGUUGUUGGAGUUCGUUAUAGAGAUUCAUAAUUCAGUUCACUAUGAUUCUUGCACAAAUUUUCAUAUAAAACAUUUUAAUGAUAAUAAACCACAUUUUGAAUUUAGGUUAUGUUCAAACGGUCUUUACUACGUUGAUAUAUUUAUAAGGGACUUCCGUAAUAUUCUCACAAAAGUUCAAAUGUAUACAGUAAGGAGGCAAGAUAAAACAAAAUCAAUAGAGGAAUCAAUCAACUGUCUUAGGAAAAUGACAAAAAGUCCAUGUUUAGAAACAGGUUAUGAUAGCAACACUUCAAGUGAAAAUUCUCAAGUUAAACAAGUUAAAAAAAUCUCACCAUACAAAUCUAAUUACAAUUUUCCGAACCGUUCCGAAAUAAAAUCAGAAAUAUUAAAUUUUAUUUCAACACGAAAAACUAGGAAUAAUUUGGGUUCUAAGAAACGACGUAAGCAUAAAAUUGGAUCAAUAGAGACUUUAUUAAAUUGCCGUUCUGAAGAAGAAGUGCAGGAUUGGAUUCAUUAUGUAAAAGCUGAAUCUAGUUUGGAAGAAAUAAGAAAUAUAAUGAUUAAGUUAAAAAAUGAAACAAGCAGCGAAUUGUUUAGAAUACCAUUUAACGUAUUUAAAGAAUAUGUUCUUGAAAGCGAUAUGAGAACAGCAUUAAGAGAUAGAUGCCAGGUUCAAUUACUUAAUGUUGUAAGAAGGGGCCAAAAGUUGAAAUCAGAGAAUUUAGAUAGUCUAUUAUUGGCAUGUCAAAAAUCUUUGAUACCAACUGAUGGAAAUUUAACAACAUCUUCAGUAUUUGAGAUUCUUAAGAAUUUAGUGGGAAUGCAGGAAAGUAAAAAUAGUUGGACAAUAAUCUAUACAUAUAUUCAAACAGUUGGAAUUUCAUUCUUUAAACAAAAGAUUCUAUCUGUUAGACGAGGUGUUGCAAACUGUCAAAAGGCUAAAUGUUUAAAGUUAUUAAGUAAUUUGAAAGAAGACGAUUUAUUUAAUAUGAAUAAUAGCGGUAAAGUAAUCUUUAACUGGCUUAUUGCUACGUUAUGGAAACACACAAGUAGGAAAAACUUGCCUCAUUGGCAUAUUGAGAACGAAUUGGAAGAUGAUAAAGACGCUAACAAAUCAUUCUAAUUUGUCAUGGUUAUAAAAAGAAAACGUUUAAUUACAUAUUAUCUAGGUUUUUUAUAAUAUUUUAUAAAAAUUUAUUACGUAUUAUUUAUUGACACUACUUUGUAUUAAAAACUAUAAUAAAAACUAAUC